UACCAACUGCUUACAGAGAGAUGUUGAUAUGUUAAGAUACCUUCUAAAAAUUCUACAGAACCACACAGCUCAUGCGUGUGAUGGAGAUCGCCUGACAGUAAGCUGUCCACCUCAGACAUCUAUUAGCAUUCUGUCUGCUUUCUAUGGUCGCCGUAUUCCCAGUGAAUAUCUGUGUCCCGGUAGAACGAACUCUUCUGCUGAAAGCACCAAUUGUGCUGCCCUCACUGCUAUACCGAAAGUGUAUGAUGAGUGUCAAAACCUACGCUCCUGCCAGUUUUCAGUCAACAGUCGGGUUUUUGGACUUGAUCCCUGUCCUGGGACCAACAAAUAUCUGAUUGUUUCAUAUAAAUGUAAGCCUGAUGGACACAAAAGCAAGCUUGCAUGUGAAAACGAAGAAUUACAACUCCAGUGUCAGAACCAAACCAUCCUUGUCCUAUAUGCUGCAAGUUUUGGACGAGUCCUCCAUGGGAAUAUGGAAUGCCCCUCUGUGAAUAGUACAACGCCAGAUAUUGAGUGCUUGUCACCUAUAGCUCUGAAACAAGUGUCAUCGAGGUGUCAUGGCAAACCGAAUUGUUCCAUCAUUGCCAGUGUUCUGAGUUUUGGUGAUCCCUGUUUCCCUGGAGUCCGCAAACAACUGCAAGUAUCAUACACAUGCGUUCCAAAAAAGCUGUUUGAAGAAACUGGCCCAGGAGCAGUGAAGCCAUUCCUAAUAUCGGAUUACACUCAUGGUGGUUGGUAUAAAGGCCCAAGAAUAUCUAUGCUUUAUGCCAAAGAUGUCGUGAUUGUUAGCAGUUCUCUGGCCACUUUUGCCCACCUUAGGGGUCUCCCAGAGAAGGCAGCACUAUACUUUGUGUCAGGCGUUUGUUCUGGCUUAGUAUUCAUCCUCUGUGCUAUUGGAUUUCAUAUGUUGGUGAGACAUGAUCUCAGGAAACUCCUCAGAGAGCCAGAAGACAACCAGGAGUGUGAAAAUGGACACACCAAGAUUUCAGAUGACGAUGAUGACGAUGCUUCCUCUGAUGUCUCAUUUAGACGGUUGACCAGACAGUACAGGACCACAGACAAUAUCUUCAGCCCUGAGGUAGCAGCUGUAAUGGUAGACAGAGUUGAACAGAAAGAACAACGGGAUGAGGAAAUAUGGCUGAAUAAAGAGUCCAGUCCCUAUGCAAUUCAGAACCUGAAUCAGCAUCCAAACUGA